AUGGCCGAGAAGACGAUGCACUUCAUGCGGUGGGUCUCGAGCUCGAGCGACUUGGAGCUCGCGCAGCACACGAGCUCAAAGGUGAGCACAAACGCGACGACGACCUUCUACCGCGUGCUGAGUGUCGGCGGGGAACGCGUUGAGGCCAUUGUGCGUGCCAAUGGGAAGCAGGUACGCUGCGGUGAUGCCGACCGUGACACGGACGAGGGUGGACGGCCCGCAGAGCGUGGGGAACCCGCGAGGAGCGCACUCAGAACGCCCGCGCCGCCGCCUGCUGCGAGGGCGACCGCCCACUCGUUCGUGGCGGACAGCGAGCCAAUGGCCGCUACGCAGCGACAACUUCUCUCGUGUGAUUCGACAAAAAGAACACAUAAAGCACCAAUCAAAACGCGUUAG